AUGACGUUAGCGGCUGCAGGACAGUUUUGCGCGACAGCCUCGGUGGCGGCAAAUCUGGAGUCGGUAAAGAUAUUGAUUAGGAAGGCGGUGGAUGCGGGAGCAAAGGUUUUAUUUCUACCCGAAGCGUCAGACUACAUCGCCGGCUCACCAGCAGAGACAGUAGCACUUGCCAGGUCAGCUGAUAAAUCCGAGUUUGUGCUCGGAAUCCAAGACGAGCUGAAAAAAUUGGAGAAGCCUCUCGAAGUGAGCGUUGGAAUUCACGAGAGUGUGGAGGGCGAGGAGCGAUGCAAGAAUACGCUUCUAUGGAUCGAUUCAAAAGGGGAGAUCACACAGCGGUAUCAGAAAUUGCAUCUAUUCGACGUGAGCAUGAAGUCCGUACAACCGGGAAACGAAGUUCUUCCGCCUUUCGAUACGCCUAUUGGAAAGAUGGGAUAUGCUAUAUGCUACGACAUUCGCUUCCCAGAACACGCGUUAAGACUGCGCACGCUGGGCGCUCAAAUCAUUACGUAUCCCUCCGCAUUUACAGUCAGAACGGGCCAAGCUCACUGGGAACUCUUGGGACGGGCUAGAGCUGUUGAUACGCAAACGUAUGUGGUGAUGGCGGCUCAGGUUGGAGCGCAUGAUUCGGAGGGGAAGAGAAGGAGCUGGGGGCAUGCGAUGAUCAUUGACCCCUGGGGAUCAGUGCUGGCACAAUGCCCAGAUACAGAUUCCGUCCCUCGAAUCUGCGUAGCAGAUAUCGAUCUGGAUGUCAUUGAAAAGGUGCGGACUGAUAUGCCUCUGUGGCAGCAGCGACGAGGGGCGAGUAUUUAUGGGAGCGACGUUUGA